GUCAGGUAGAUGUUUGGAGGAUCAGCAGUCGCACGUGGGCUGACCGGACGCGUUGCGCGCACAUUCGUGUUCCGUUCACUGCGCUCGAGCGUCGAGGACUGCGCGAGAGGAGAUGAAACUUUCCCUCGGAGGGACCGAGCGCCAGGAGAUUUUUCCAUCACAAGACCGAGAUCAUUGCUGCCAGACGUUUUGUAAAUGAAGACAUCUGCCGUUGUACACCUGGUUGCUCUCGCGGCUUUACUUCGCGCCUCUUCUCACGUGUGUGCCAUUCCUCCAGAAUGUGACCUAGACUUCAUGCUACUCAGAGAGGAGGAAAACUGCUACAACAUCAUCUAUCAAGAGAACUUGACAGAGACUGGGUCCACACGCACAGGUUGCAGUGCUUUAUGGGAUGAUCUGAACUGUUGGCCUCAUGCUGAAGUGGGAGAGACUGUGUCUCGGCCGUGCCCCAAUUUCCUUCGGGUCAAAGGAGCUGUGAUGAAAAACUGCACUGAGAAUGGCUGGUCUGAAAUCUUUCCCUCAUACGAACUCGCCUGUGCCCAUGGGCUCAAUAACAGCUUUCAAAUUCCCAAUGACUUGGUGCUGGUCUCACAUGAGUAUUUCUUUUAUGUGAAGAUCCUGUAUUCUGUGGGAUACGCCGUCUCUCUUUUCUCACUCAGCAUUGCCCUCACAGUGUUGUGUGUGUUCAGGAAGCUGCACUGCACUCGUAAUUUUAUCCACAUGCAGCUUUUUUUGUCAUUCAUCCUGAGAGCCAUCUUCAUCUUCAUCAGAGAUGCUGCGCUGCAUUACUCACAGGAGUAUUACCAUUGCAACUCUCAUCCGCCUGGCUGCAAAGUGGCACUGUUCCUGUCUAAUUACUGCAUCCUGGCAAACUACAGCUGGCUGCUGGUCGAAGGACAUUAUCUUCACAGCCUCAUUAACCUCUCACUGCGUUCACAGAAGAAACGUCUGCACUGGUACAUCCUGCUUGGCUGGGGGAUCCCAAUGAUCAUUAUUAUUAGCUGGAGUUUGGCCAAAUACCGGCACCAGGAUGAAGGAUGCUGGGAGACGAGAGAUCAUGGCUGGAUAUGGUGGAUACUGCGAGUUCCAGUAAUCAUUUUUAUCACAGUAAACAUGCUGUUUUUUCUGAGUAUAAUUCGGACAUUAGUGGCUAAACUGAAAGCUCCUGACAUGCAUGGAAAUGAAAUCAAUCAUCACAGGAAGCUGGCGAAAUCUACAUUUCUCUUAGUGUCGCUCUUUGGACUGCAGUAUGUGCUCUUUGCCUUUUUUCCUGAUAGAGUGAGCGUGCUAACCUUCAAAAUCUGGAAUGUCAUUGAGCUAGCAUUAGCAUCCACACAGGGCUUUAUUGUGGCACUGCUGUACUGUUUUUUGAAUGGAGAGGUACAAUAUGAAGUCCAAAGACGAUGGAGACGGUGGCGCCUGAAGCAGCAUUUCCAUGGUGAUCCCAGGGUGCAUCACAGCUCCCUGAGUAACAGUGGCCUGCCGCUGACACAGGUCUCACUGCUGACACGUCCCAGCACACAGACCACCUGACCACAAGCACCCAACACCACCGGAGAUCACUCGUGCCACAAUCCAACAGCUAAAAUCAUAACACAUGCAUCCCCAUUUACCCAAUCCCUCCGGCCAACUAAAACAACAGUCUCCAACAGAAAAGCUUCAUGGCCAUAACAAACUCUCACAUACAACUACAUUCUACAUUCUUGUGAUGUACCUGCAUCAGUUGCAUUGCAUCACUGCCAUUCAUAAAUCUCUCACAUCGCCUCAUGGGAUAGUAAUGAGUCCAUUGCAUGCACACUUCAGAUUCACGCAGGAAGUAGAAGGUCAUCCUGGUACUUUUUUGCCUUCUCUAUUGUGACUAUUGUGAAUUAGGACAUACUACUUUAGUCACAUACUGUUUUUCACCUACUAUGUAGCAGGGAAGUAUGUGGUUUCAGAUGCAGCUUUUAUUACCUGAAUGGACAUACUUAUAGCGUUGUAAAAAUGCAAGUGUUUACAAGAGCUCUAUUUUGAUUUUCAGUACUUUGUAUUUUAAAAUAAACUUCUAAGUGUCUGUUCAGUAGUCUCUAUAACAGAUUACACAGUUUAGUAAUUGUGCUGCUUCUGAUUAAUUGAUAAAAGUUAAAAAUGUUAUACAAAAUAAACAUACUUCUCUUUGUGCCAAUAAAAUGUGCACCACUUUGUUUUACUACCAAAUUAUAUGUAAUAGGCUAUCUAUUUAUUAUGAAUAUUUAACUUAACUCUAACUUAAUUUCUAUGACUUCUUGCAAGAUUUCAGCAAAAAGUUCUCACAAUUUAUUUCCAAACAAGAUGCAUGAUGAGAUUCACUUAGCCUCAAUCAAUGUUCUGGAGUGGUGUGGAUUUUUUUAAUGGAUAGUCUUGCAAACAUACUUCCUGUUGUGUGUACGCACUCUCAAGUGGCCAAGACCGCAAGUGGGGUAUUUGGAAAAGCCCUUUGUUUCGAAGUGGACCAAGAACCCUGAAAAUGUGGAUCUUGGUCGAAUGGCAGUGUUCACACUUAUUCAAGUGUACACUAACAGAGCAAUCGCACCAGAUUUAUUUUUAAUCAAACCAAAUCAGCCAAGUGUGAACCCACCCUUAAAGGAAACUGAGCAUGUAAAUUGUUUUGUUUUAGCAAUGGUAAAUUCAUCCCCUUGUUCAUCUAUGUGUAAAUAUUGAGAUGAUGCCUUGGACACCUAUUAUCCAUGUAUUGUGCUGUGAAAUAUAUAGUGAGUUGUGGGAAAACAUUGUAAAGAAAAUAAAAAUAUUGUUAUUAAAUUAACUGAUCCCCAUGUAUAGUUAAGUAUUAAAAACACUGUAAAAUGGUCUGUUCAAUGAUGACAAAGAGAGAAUUCUCUCUUUAAUAAACUUUUAAGACUAA